CCUAGCUUAAGAAAAAGUGACCUCCCCCUCCUGUUAAAAGUAAAAGCGCUGCCUUAAGUUAGCUAACAAUACAAAUCAGAUAACAAUAUAGAACAAACAGAAUACCACAGCCAAGCAAUUUCCAUGUCAAACAUCCCACUGCUCAGUAGCUCCAUUUGUAAGUGUGAAUUGCAGACUAAGCUCCCUGCAAUGCACACAGGAAGGUUGGUGCAUACCUUCACACACACUGUUACUGGGUGCCAUCACACUUCAAUUCCGGUUGCUGAGCCUUUUCACCCCUUGCCUUGUCUUCAAAUGGAAAUUAUUUCUAUUGGCCCAAGGUGUCCAUGUAAAUAGGUGUAAAUGAAACCAGAUUAUGCCUUUCUUUCCCCCACGCCCCCUCCUCUCUACUCUCCCUCUUCUCUGCUCCCUCCCUCCUCCUCCCAAGGCGAUUGUCAUAUGAUAGCAAAGAAGUGGCACAUUAAUGAAGCGCCUCUACAGGGGUCUUUUCUGUUCAUGUCACCACAUAAAACUAUCAGAUGGUUUGAGGAAGGACAUGGACACAACUACUUAGCUUAUCUCCCACCCAGUGAAGGAGAACUACUUUCUCCUGCUUCCAUUCAACUGCUGCUCAGAAAAGGAGCUUAUUUCUAAUGCUAAAGACAAGAUCAGAGUUUAUCCAAGAAGGGACCAGUCUGGCAACGGAUUGAAUUAAGACCUGCAGCAUCAGAAAAGAGGCUUCAGAAUUUAUUUUUCUGCACCAUAUUGAAAAACUCUCUGACCGUGUUACAAAUGCAGAGUAUCAACUUGUGAAAAGUUUAAGGUUGCCUCUGAGUUUAGUGACAAUGCCUCGACCAGGGAGAAAUACAUACAGUGACCAGAAGCCCCCUUACUCAUAUAUCUCGCUUACAGCUAUGGCAAUUCAGAGCUCUCAAGAAAAGAUGCUACCCCUCAGUGAGAUCUACAAAUUCAUCAUGGAUAGAUUUCCUUAUUACAGAGAGAAUACACAAAGAUGGCAGAACUCUCUGAGACAUAACUUAUCUUUCAAUGACUGUUUCAUCAAGAUACCAAGGAGACCUGAUCAGCCUGGUAAAGGCAGUUUCUGGGCACUUCAUCCCAGUUGUGGUGAUAUGUUUGAAAAUGGUAGUUUCCUGAGACGUAGAAAGAGGUUCAAAGUGAUGAAAUCGGACCACCUGGCCCCUACUAAACCAUCAGAUGCAGCACAGUACCUGCAACAGCAAGCAAAGCUUAGACUAAGUGCUCUGGCUGCCUCGGGUACCCACUUGCCACAGAUGUCAACUUAUAACCUUGGAGUCUCUCAAACAUCCAGUUUCAAACAUCCUUUUGCCAUAGAAAACAUCAUUGCAAGAGAGUACAAAAUGCCAGGUGGACUUGCAUUUUCUACAAUGCAGCCAAUGUCAGCUGCAUAUCCGCUUCAUAACCAAUUGACUACAGUUGGCAGUUCCAUUGGCACAGGUUGGCCUCACAUGUACAGCUCCAGUAUGAUAGACACUACCACCCCUAUAUCAAUGGGCAACGGUGAUUAUAGUGUGAGUGCAUAUGGGGUGCCAAUCAAGCCACUUUGCCAUGGAGGACAAACUUUACCUGCUAUCCCAGUACCUAUUAAGCCCACUCCUGCAGGUGUGCCAGGACUUCCAGCACUCCCAACCCAUAUCCCAGCUAUUCUGUCGAACUCUUCUCCAUCCCUGAGUCCAACAUCUCCUCAAACAGCAACCAGCCAAAGCAGCCCAGCCACCCCUAGUGAAACUCUCACUAACCCUUCUAUCGCUCUGCUUUCUGUGGCUGUACACUGACCUAUUGGACUAAAAAAAUCACUCAGUUUACUUAACUAAUUAUCUCAUAAAUGAAAGAAAAUGUAAUUUCAAGAUGAGUUUAUUAUUUCAUGUUAACUGUUCAGUUGAUUAUCCAGUGUGGAUUUUUAUCACGUAUCCAGUACAUCCUCAUACACUUGAAUCCAUUUUGCUGCAUAGCAGAGCUUUUAUUUUAAAUAAGUUUGGACAUCUUUUUUCAAACACCUUUUAAAAAAUAAAGGGCAGGCAUUUUCAGGUAGCAAGUUUCAACAGCACAUUAAAAGAAAAAAUAUAAAGACAUUCAGUAUCAUUCAGGGAUUGCAUUUGGUUAUAGUUUCCUUAAACUUUUAAAUCAAAAUACUUGACUUUAACAAUAGCCCUAUUUACUAUAGAAUGUGCUCUUAUGUAGAAUGUGCAAAUUUUUCUUUUUUUUUUUUUUUACUUUGCUGGUACUUGCAGCUUAAUCUCUACACUCAUAAAGGAAAUUGUUGGAAAUUGUACAACUUUGUGACAGCAUAAUAGAUGUCAUUAGAUUUGAAAAUGCUCAUGUAAAAUAUAAUGCAGUCGUAUAAAAUAACUGAACAUGAUCAAAGUAUGAUUAAACAAAUAUGCUGUUUACAAAAAUACUACCCUAAUGUAAAUAUUCAAUUUGUGAACUAAAGAAAAAGCUAUACUUAUUGGCUGCCAAUAUUAUUAUUUGAAAGGCACUGGAUAAUCAGUACACAUCACUGGAUUUAAAAUACAUAUCUAUUUAUUUGAUUCUUUUAAAUGGGGGAUCACAAAAUGCGCUGUCAAGUUGGAUAAACAAUUUGACUAAUAUUUUUAAAGGACCUUCCAGAAUGUGCAGUAACGAGGGAAAUGUAAAUGUAAUAUGUGAAUAAGAAUGAAUAUAAAUUGUGUAUAAUGCACUUUGAACUGACGCAAUCUAGUUUUCACUGAGGCAAUUUGCUAAGGUUUACAAAUCCAAAAAAAACACUGUUGCUUUUUGGUGAAUUUAAUUUAAUUUCAAAUAGUCCUACUAUCAUCUAAACUGUGAAAAAAUGGUCACACUAUUUCCUUGUUGUACAGAAGGCAUGACAUUUGCAUAUUUUGAUGUUAUUAUUCACAGCAUGUGUGUAUGUCAGACUACAAGAAAAAAAUAUGUGUCUGCGUUAAAUUAUGAACCUAGUCGUCCAAAUAAUAUUUUCUCAUUAAAAUGUUAAUUCUGUAUGA